AUGAGUGAAGAGAAGCGUCUAGAGGCACCCGCGCGCUCUGGUACAAGCACUGUAAACGCUGGUGGAGAAGAUAUCAAAAAACCAGUUUCGAUAUUAAAUAACUGGCGCAAUGCCAAGCCCACAGUGCGAAAAGAGCAAGAUAAUAGGCCGGUUUAUUAUAAGACCCAGCUUGCCCAUGCCUCUAACGAGGAUCUGGAGGAGGCGUCAAGACCUGCCAAGUCGGAACUUUCAUCGGAUUCAAGUAGCUCCAUCCCUCGUUAUUCAUCUUUUGACAAGUAUAAGGGCUUAAAUGGCAAUGGCAGAAGCAGCCAGAAGCUGAAGGUUCUAACGGACACACCAGUGGACAGCUCACCUCAAAAAUCCAGCAGUGCUUCGUCCAAUACUGCGGUGUCGUUUACCGUAUCAAAUGGAGCCAAGAUUUCCCACCACAGAUAUUCUAUCAGUGCCAAACCAGGCAGAUCCUCUCUCUCAAACUCGCCAAAUGCUAGCACGGAUCAGCUGGUAGUGAAAGCAGAAUCACCGUCGGAGGAGAAGAACUCGAUUGUACAUAUGCCAGGAGACUUCAUCUACUUCGAACCCCGAGUCAAGUCCCAUAACGCUGGUAACCAUGAAAACGCAGUCGAUGCGUCACCACAGAUACCUCGAAAGGAGGUUAUAAAACCAUUGACGGGCCCUCAGGUCCCCUUCAUGGAAUUUUUCCAAAAGCAAGAUGAUAAAAAGUUUCACAUAUUACUAGGUGCUACAGGUUCAGUAGCCACUAUAAAAGUUCCCCUGAUAAUUGACAAGUUGUUCAAAAUAUACACAAGAGAAAAAGUCUCCAUCCAGCUGAUUGUCACCAAACCUGCGGAGCAUUUCCUCAAGGGUUUGAAAAUAUCAACCGAUGUCAAGAUAUGGCGAGAAGAAGACGAAUGGUCUGGUUUCAGAAAGUUGGGUGACCCAGUUUUGCAUCACGAGUUGAGAAGAUGGGCAGACAUAUUCCUGAUUGCUCCACUGUCCGCCAACUCUCUUGCGAAAAUAGCGAAUGGUAUGUGCGAUAACCUGCUGACGUCAAUCUUGAGAGACUGGACACCGUCGACGCCCGUGCUGGUGGCACCUGCGAUGAACACGUUCAUGUAUAUCAACCCCAUGACAAAGACCCAUCUGAAAAUUCUACAAGAGGAUGCUCCCUUCAUAACGGUCUUGAAGCCAGUUGAAAAGGUUCUGAUAUGUGGUGACAUAGGUAUGGGAGGGAUGAGAGAAUGGAAUGAUAUUGUAGAGAUUUUACGGCGUCGGAUCGCGGAGCUAUGCAAAGCUAACGAAAAUGAUGUAGACGACGGAGAGGACGAUGAGGAAGAAGAGGACGAGGAAGAUGAAGAAGAAGAGGACGAUCGGGAUUCAAAUCGCCCAAAUGCAGAUCGAGAUGGCGACGAAGAUGAAGAUGACGAUGAAGAUGACGAAGACGAUGACGAUGAUGAUGACGAAGACGAGGACGAAUAUGAGGACGAUGGCGAGAAGGCAGAUGAUACAAUGGGUUCUCGAAAAACCUAA